UGGGUGAAGGGAUGGGACUAAGGAGUGGACAAUGUGGGGGACAGAGAAAAACAGAAAGAAGCAGAAAGUUUUCUGAACUGCCAAAAGCAGGGUGACUCCUGUCUUGGAUCCCUCGUCCCAAAGCUGCUGAUGGCCCCAGAGAGAAAGGAAUCCAGAAAAGAGAGCCAGAUGCUUCUGCCCAUAGCCAUAAAGUGGAUACUGUUAUUGUCGUGGGGUUUAUCUGGUACUUUGGGCUGCCCCCCACCCUGUGCCUGCCAGAACCUGGAAACCUUUGGACUUCUGGUGAACUGUAGCAACAAGGGCCUGACCACAGUGCCCUCCCUGCCCAAAAACACCCGGCAACUCUACCUACAGAACAACAACCUGAGCUCCAUCCCUGCUGGCACCUUUGACCACCUGAACUACAUCUACAAAAUUGAUGUGACCAAUAACCCCUGGCACUGCGAUUGUAGAAUCUUGUACCUUAAGCAUUGGUUGGAGGACCACAUCUGGGGCAUCCUGCACCUGACCAAGUGUGCCAGCCCGGCCAUCACAGCCAACCUGACCCUUAACCUUCUCACUGGCAAUGAGCUAGAGGGCUGCCAUCAGCCACUUCUCCCUGACCAGUACCGUGUCUUCUUCUGGGGAGACCUGGUUCUGAUUGUGUUAACAGUCCUAAGUAUCAUACUCCUUGGUGCCCUCCUGUGGGUGGUUCAGAAGACCAUCUAUUGUGUCACCCUCAACCAGAGUACCCAGGAGGCUCUUCAGUGGCAGGAGAGCAGUCUGAGACAUCAAAAAUUCAUGUGACGCCUCUGGACCCUAGCCUUGGAACUUCACCGGCUCUAUAGCUUCGAGUCAGCUCGCCCACUGUCUCCAUACCAGCUCUUUCAAUGAUCCAAAUAAAUGGUGAGCUCCCUUCUCA